AUGGGUGUGGACUCAACUGUGUCGUCUUCUCCUCUCGGCCCUCCAGCCUGUGAGAAGGACGCCGUUGCUCUGCAAUUCAUUCAGGAAAUGACUACGAACUGUGAUCCCGUACAAGAGAAUGUUUUAGCGGAAAUCCUUAGCCGGAAUGGGGAAACCGAGUACCUCCGGCAAUUCAAGCUGGAUGGUGCUACUGACCGGGAAACAUUCAAGUCAAAGGUUCCUGUGGUCUCAUACGAUGAUCUCCAUCCUUACAUUCAUCGUAUUGCCAAUGGAGAUUUCUCGCCAAUCCUCUCCUCACACCCCAUCUCCGAGUUCCUCACUAGUUCUGGGACGAGUGCCGGAGAAAGAAAAUUGAUGCCUACAAUUCCUGAGGAGAUGGACCGCCGACAGAAGUUAUACAGCCUUCUCAUGCCGGUGAUGAAUCUCUAUGUUCCUGAUCUUGAGAAAGGGAAGGGCUUAUACUUCCUGUUCACCAAGGCUUCAACCAAGACGCCCGGCGGCUUACUUGCACGGCCGGUGUUGACGAGCUACUACAACAGCCAGCAAUUCAAGAACCGGCCGCACGAUCCCUACAACGUUUACACAAGCCCUAACGAGCCGAUCCUCUGCAUCGACUCCUUCCAAAGCAUGUAUGCUCAGAUGGUUUGCGGCUUGCUGAUGCGCGACCAAGUCCUCCGUGUCGGCGCCGUCUUCGCCUCCGGCCUCCUCCGUGCUAUCCGCUUCCUGCAGAUCCACUGGCGCCAGCUCGCCGAGGAUAUCUCGUCCGGGAUUUUGAACCCUAAUAUCACUGACGUUUCCGUCAGGGACAGCGUUACUAAGAUCUUGAAACCCAACCCGGAGUUGGCUCAGUUCAUUGCCGGGGAGUGCGAAAGUGAGAAUUGGGAAGGGAUUGUCAAGAGGAUUUGGCCCAACACCAAAUAUCUUGACGUGAUUGUUACCGGUGCAAUGGCGCAAUAUAUACCCACUCUUGACUAUUACAGUGGCGGUUUGCCCAAAGCUUGUACGAUGUACGCAUCCUCGGAAUGCUACUUCGGCCUCAACUUGAAACCCAUGUCUCCUCCGUCCGAGGUUUCGUACACCAUCAUGCCCAACAUGGGGUAUUUCGAGUUCCUGCCGCAUGAUCCGGCGAACCCAGUGGCCGUGUCACGUGACUCGCCGCCGCGGCUAGUAGACAUGGCCGACGUGGAAGUGGGGAAAGAGUACGAGCUCGUGAUCACCACCUAUUCCGGGCUAUGCCGUUACCGUGUCGGAGAUAUUCUCCAGGUCACGGGAUUCCACAACGCGGCGCCCCAGUUCAAAUUCAUAAGGAGAAAGAAUGUGUUGCUGAGCAUAGAUUCCGACAAGACGGACGAGGCGGAACUGCAGAUCGCCGUGAACAACGCGACGGCGCUGUUACGCGAGUACGACACGAGCGUGGUGGAGUACACAAGCUUCGCUGAUACCAAAACCAUUCCUGGGCACUACGUGAUUUACUGGGAAUUGCUGAUGAAAGAUCCUGCGAAUCCUCCGUCCGAUGAUGUUCUGAACAAAUGCUGCUUAGUCAUGGAGGAAGCCCUGAACUCCGUUUAUCGCCAGUGCCGUGUGGCGGAUAACUCAAUCGGGCCACUGGAAAUAAGGGUGGUGAAAUCCGGAACUUUUGAAGAGGUUAUGGACUUGGCCAUUUCCAGGGGAGCUUCCAUUAACCAAUACAAAGCUCCUAGGUGCGUUAACUACACCCCCAUAGUCGAACUUCUCGACUCCAGGAUGGUGUCUGCGCACUUUAGCCCCGCCGCCCCUCAUUGGACGCCGGCACGACGGCGCUGAACAAUUUGGUCCGCCGUGAAUGAACCAGGCUGCCGACCAAACAUGCUCCUGCUAUUUGGACAACAUUAUAUUAUUAAUAAGUUAAGGUGUCUCCGUUUAAUUGGUUGUUUAUAUUUCUGUAGAAAGUGCAGGCAAGAGUACAGUAGUUGAAUUUUCAGUGUACUAAGUCCAAAUAAGCUUCUGUAAUUUUGUGUAUCUUGUUGUCUGUGGUUAUUUUUAUAAAUAAAUUAAAAAUGUUCUUUGGUGUCA